AUGGGUCACCGACUAUACACCGAGAAGAACAUAGAGCAAACCACCACGCCGAUAGGCCCGAGAAGCGCCGCACACAUGUGUACAACACGAACCGAACACAUCGACGCAACGAUAUGCGAAAAACCCAUGUCUCUACGAAGCUGCGCAGCGUCAACCAAACUCGACAAGCCCAGGGUUCCGGAGCCCGAAGGCCCGGUCCUCUAA